UAAACUCGGCGCUGCCAGCCGCACGGGGAAGUUGCUGGCCCGCCCGCCAGCCCGGCGCAGUCGCGGCCCCGGGCGGAUUUCAUGGCCCGCGCCGAGCGCGGAGCCGGAGCCGGCGUGGGCGAGCCCCCGCGCGCCCCUUUCGGUGAGGACCUCCCGCGCCCGGUUCCUGCCGCUCGACCGCUUUUCCGAUGCUCGCUGCGCCCCUCGCCGCCUUCUCGCCGCCGCUUGCCUCUAGGAGCCGCCGCCUAAGUCGGAGAGGAGAGAAUGACCGAGGUGCUGUGGCCCGCUGUCCCCAACGGGACGGACGCCGCCUUCCUGGCCGGCCCGGGCUCGCCCUGGGGGAACAGCACGGCCAUCUCCACCGCCGCCGCCGCCGCCGCUUCAUUCAAGUGUUCCCUGACCAAGACCGGCUUCCAGUUCUAUUACCUGCCCGCUGUCUACAUCCUGGUGUUCAUCAUCGGCUUCCUGGGUAACAGCGUGGCUAUCUGGAUGUUCGUCUUCCACAUGAAGCCGUGGAGCGGCAUCUCCGUGUACAUGUUCAACUUGGCCCUGGCGGACUUUCUGUACGUGCUGACUCUGCCUGCCCUUAUCUUCUACUACUUCAAUAAGACGGACUGGAUCUUCGGGGAUGCCAUGUGCAAGCUGCAGAGGUUUAUCUUCCACGUGAACCUCUAUGGCAGCAUCUUGUUCCUGACCUGCAUCAGCGCGCACCGCUACAGCGGCGUGGUGUAUCCGCUCAAGUCGCUGGGCAGGCUGAAGAAGAAGAACGCCGUCUAUGUCAGCGUGCUGGUGUGGCUCACCGUGGUGGUGGGCAUCUCCCCCAUCCUCUUCUACUCCGGCACCGGGCUCCGGAGGAACAAAACCACCUGUUACGACACCACCUCGGACGACUACCUGAGAAGUUAUUUCAUCUACAGCAUGUGCACGACUGUGGCCAUGUUCUGUGUCCCGUUGGUGCUGAUUUUGGGCUGUUACGGAUUAAUUGUGAAAGCUUUGAUUUACAAUGACCUGGACAACUCGCCUCUCAGGAGGAAAUCCAUUUACCUGGUGAUUAUCGUGCUGACUGUUUUCGCUGUGUCUUACAUCCCUUUCCAUGUGAUGAAAACGAUGAACUUGAGGGCCCGGCUGGAUUUUCAGACCCCAGAAAUGUGUGCUUUCAAUGACCAGGUGUAUGCCACUUACCAGGUGACCAGAGGUCUAGCAAGUCUCAACAGCUGCGUGGACCCUAUUCUCUAUUUCCUGGCGGGAGAUACUUUCAGAAGGAGACUCUCCCGGGCAACCAGGAAGGCUUCCAGAAGAAGUGAGGGAAAUUUGCAGUCCAAGAGUGAAGACAUGACCCUCAAUAUUUUAUCCGAGUUCAAGCAGAAUGGAGAUACAAGCUUGUGAAGGCAAAGGAAUCCCCCCAAAAACCUCACUUUUGUUAGUUACAUGGUAGGAUGCUAAAAUAGAGCCAAGUGGUUUUUCCCCCCUUUAAGUUUCUAGUAAGACUAGAGGAAAUUGAGAGCAAAAAAGUUAAAAGUAGAAAUGCCCACACCCACACUUAGCUAGUGUGGGCUUCCUUUCAAGGUUUCCCUUCUUUCUGACUAGAAGUAUGUAUAAUAAAAUUAUACUACCCUAGUUAAA